CGGCGGCAGCGGCGGCGGCCCCGGCAGCGCUGCUCGGGAUGGCCGCUUUCUGGAAGGAUCAGUACUUACAUGGACGAUGAGAGCUGAAUUAAAUAGGAAAAGAACAGCUUUGGCUAGAUCACAGUUCAAGAAAGAUGGAGGAUUUAAAAAUAAUUGGAGCUUCGAUGAUACAGAAGAAAGUGAAGGAGAUACAGAAAAAGAUGAUGCAAAUCUCUUCAGCAUAGAAGAGGAUAAUGAGUCUGACACUUCAGAAGGGAAAAAGUCACAUUGUCGAUCUGAAGCUGUUGGUACUAGUUCUGGUGACUUCUUAAAGACAUAUGUAAGAAGAAACAAGAUCGGAAAUUUCAGAACUUUGAAAGGGAACUCCAUGGGCCUUAAUAUGUUGAGCAACAACAAGAAACUGAGUGAAAAUGCAAAAACUUUAUCAAUAUGUUCUGGAACCGUAGUGCAUGGUAGACGUUUUCAUCAUGCUAAUGCUCAGAUACCAGUAGUAAAAACUGCAGCACAAAGGAAAGAAUACCCCCCUCACGUUCCGAAAAUAGAAAUUGACCACGUUAGGUUACCACGGCCCCAAAGUAUAGAAAGCAUAAUAGAGAAAACAGAAGAGUCUGAAUCAGAGUCAGAGUCUGAAAUCAAGAGGAAGGUACAACCAAAACGUCACUGCAAUUCAUAUCAGUCUGACUUCCAGCUGUCUCCUGCUUCAAAAAAAAGUUUAACCCACUUAGAGGAUUUACAAAGAAAUUGUAGGCAAGCAUUAAAUGAAGCAGCAGUACCUUUAUCACGAACAUCCAUUCAUCAUAAUUCAGGAGGACAAAAGUCUCAAAACACUGGACUAAAUGCCAAAAAAUUUUAUGGCAAUACUUUGGGAAAGGUUCCAGUUGAUAUUAUUGUGAGUCAUGAUUAUGUUGGACAGAAUUUUCUACAGUCAAACGGAAAAAUCAUUUUACCUGGUGCAAAAAUACCCCAAAUUACAAACUUAAGAAAACGGAAUACAAAACCAUCUGAUCUAAAUGAUCCAAUAAUUUUGUCCAGUGAUGACGAGGAUGACAUUGACAAUGGGAAUAGUAGUAGAAGAGAAAGUAUAUCACCUAGGCCAGCAGAUUCAGCACGAUCUUCUCCAGCACCCUCUACAGGAAAAGUAGAAGCUGCACUAAAAGAGAAUAGCUGUGGAAUAGAACAUAGAAUGAGAAGCACUGCAACAGAAUCAGAUCUGGUGGUCACAAUACCAAGAAAAGCAAGAAUGAAAGAUCAGUUUGGUAAUUCUGUACCAAAUACACCCCUAAAACGUCGUAAAGUUACUUCUCCAGAAACUUUAAUUGAUACUACACCUUUAAAUUUCCAAAGUCACUUUGAAAGUGUCAUUCUGAAUUGUCGAAGUAUACGCAUAGGAACUCUGAGGCGUAUGGUAGCAGAACCUGUAAUUUUUUGUUUAGAUUUUAUCAAGAUUCAUCUAGAGGAAUUUGAAAGUGGGGAUAUACAAGAGAUUGAUUUGAAAACCUCUGAACUUACUAAAUGUGAAUGGUGUAGUGUCAGAAAGUUACCUGUAGUAUUUCUACAAACAAUACCAGCUGCUUGUCAUAGCCUCAGAAUGCAACUGAAGAUGAGUCGAGAGAGAGAUAAUUCUUGGUAUGAUUGUGAAGGAGAAAGUAAGUUAAAUUAGCAAAUGGAGAAACAAUAUAUUAUUUUAAUUUUUGAAACUGGUCUUGAUACCCAGGCAAAUAUAGUCUUUGAAAAUAUCAUCACUGAAAUUGGUAUCAGAAAUAACAUUCCUGAUUUUUUUGUGAAAAUCUCAUUUGAAGAAGCCAAUGGAAGACUAGUUGCUUUUACAAAAACCUAUGAAGAAGUUUCCAAAGCAAGUUCUCUACAAAAAGAAAGCAAAAUUAAAAAUGUUUCGUUUGAACCCAAAAUACAGUUAAGAAGCGUAACAUCACAGUUCCAAUUUUUUGAUGAGGAGGAGGAAAUUGGAGAACCACAUACUGUAUUUAUUGGUCCUAUACAAAAAUUAAUAGUAUAUCCACCACCUCCAGCUAAGGGAGGCAUCUGUGUUACUAAUGAGGAUCUACACUGUCUAAAUGAAGGAGAAUUUUUAAAUGAUGUUAUUAUAGAUUUUUAUUUAAAGUAA